CGAGAUUGCCCGAGGUUAGGUGGACGCGCUGCCGGCCGACCCGCAGAAGCUCGGGCCGGGAUCGCGGCUGCUGCUCGACGAGCUUGUGGUGGACGAGGUGCACCACGGGCGGUGGGUGUUUGGCGUCUGCUGGGACUCGCCCUGGUACCGCACGCUGCCCGACCAGGCCGUGCUGCGCCUGCGCCGGAUCGGCCUGACGGCGACGCUGACGAUGCGCGUCACGCAGUGGCUGCCGCUGGUUGGGUGGUGCCACGUCACGACGGGGCUGGCGACGGUGCGCGGGCUCGGCACCAUCUACCUCGACGACGUCGACUUGGAGCACCUCGCGGAGCCGGUCCAGGCGUGCACCGGCGAGUUCGACCUUCACGUCGACUCGGUCACGCUGCACGGCAUGCCCGGCGCGCGCGGCCGAAAGUUCGACGUGACGAAUACGGCGCGGAAGCAGCUGGCGGGCGUUGACCUGGCGUCACUUUUCCCCAUCCAAGACGUCCUCUGCUACGGCGAGGGGGCGCACUCACUCGCGGAGCUGCGCGAGAAGCGCGAGGCGGAGGGCAAGCCGCCGCUGGCGACGCUGUCGGUGGAGGAGGUGGAAGCAGAGCUGGGCGCGGGCGGCGCGGUGCCGUUCGCCAUGCUGCUCAAUGCCCACGUGCGUGACGCGAUGCCUCUGAUCCACCUUGGCGCCAGCGUCGCGCUCGGAGGCGCGGCGGUGCUGGUGGCCGCGUCGCUCGCCGCGCUACUCUGCGCCGUCCUCGGCGUCGCGGCGUUCAUCAACGAGUCUCCGCCGGCCAUCCUGCGCGUUGGCCUCGCCGCCACCGCCGCCGCGUCGCUGCUGCUGCUGCUCGGGUGGUCGAACCCGUUUCCCGCCGCCGUGGGCUGCUUCGGCGCGCUCGUCCUGCUCGGCGCGUGGCGCGUGCUUGUCUGCGGCUUCGGGCAGCUGCGCGCGGCGCUCUGCUCUCCGUGGCGCGCGUUGCUGCUCGCCCUCAGUGCGGGCAGCGCCGCGUAUGCGGGCAAGGCCGCGUACGCGCUGCUCGCGAUCCGGAGAGACGUCGACGUUGAGCUGCCUGGGGCGCAGCUCGAGGACGGGUCCGAGUGCUCGACGCUGGCCGACUGCACCACCGGCGAGAGGCCGCUGCUCCUGCUGGGCGGGCUCACGGCGGCGGCGGCGGGGAUGGCGAUCGCGCUCGCGCCGCUGUGCGUCGCGACCACGCUCUGGGGCCUCUGCUCUCUCGGCGGAGCCGUGGGCAAGGUUGCGCCUGAGGCGGCGGCGUCGCGCGACGCCGGCAAGGCCGCGAGCACGGAGGAGCGGAUCCGCGCGCGGCUGGACGCGUUCGAGGCGCUCGACGGGCGUCUGAACGGGCUGCCCCGCUGCUACGUCUACAUGCUCGCCGCCAUCGCCCUCUCCGGCUUCGUGCUGGUGUUCCUCGCCCUGGAGUGGUCGCGCCAGCUCAACAGCCGCACGCACUACGCGGGCGCGCUGACGUGAGAGGCGUUGCGACGGGAGUCGCCGCCUCGAUAGAAACCGUGGGCAGGGAGGCGGCGGUUGGGCGGCGGUUGAUGGCCCCCGCCUCUCCCGCCACCUCACUGAACGGCUUGCCUGUUCCGCAGUGUGGUGCGUAUCCGCCACAGCUCAAAGGGAGUGUCUCAUCUCUCUCGCUCGUGGAAAGAGUUUGAGCGGAGGGUAUGUCUGCGGUCGCUUUUGACGUUACUUUGUCGGUUGCGGUGUUACACGGUAGGUGUGUCACCUC